CACCAGCUGAAGUACACCGUCGCAGACAUCCAGCAUUCAGUCACAAGAAACAGAUAGACCAGUGCAUACAUCCUGCCAGAGGCUGACUGAAUCUGACCUUUGGACGAUGGCGACAACAUCGCCACGCCGCCCAUUCCGUUCGGAGGCAAACCCUUCUUUGACUCAAGAAGACAACAUGUCAUCUCUAUCCACACUUACCACACCUCCAGAAACUCUGGCUCCCGACGCGCCGGUCGAUGAAGAGAGCGAAGUAACUCGCUGUAUCUGCGGUCUUGCCGACCAACGCGCCGAAGAGGAGCUCGAUGUCGAUCCGUCGCAGAUGAUUGCUUGUGAGGGAUGCGGUGUGUGGCAGCAUUGCCAAUGUGUUGGCAUUGCAGAUGAGAGCCAGGUUGAGGGAAAGGUGUAUUGGUGUGAGGAGUGUAGGCCGGACUUGCAUCGCAUUGUGAGAAGCGGAAGGCAUAAAAGGUCACGAUACAAUCUUGCCGCCGCCGACAUUGAACAACAAGCCGCCGUCGAAGCCGAGAACAAAGCAGCAGCCCGGGCUUCUCCCCGUGAAGUCAAAUCGCCCAAAGAUUCCAUGCCGCAAGGCCGCUCGCACAGUCCCAAACGCCGCUCGACUAUGAAUUCUCGCGAUGCCGGUUACGAAGCCGCUAUCCAGGCUUCGCUUCUUGAAGCCGAACGUCAGGAACGUCGGAAUCGCGGAAAGAAGCGCGGCCCGGAUGAUACUGAAACCUUCAAAUCCGACGGUAGGAGGAUGAGGGAGGAUAGAGAAGAUGCUUCGCGUAAGAGGAAGAAUGGAAGAGGCGAUGAAGAUGAAGAGGAGUUUGGGGUGCAUGACGAGCGGCAACCGAAGAAGAAAAGAAAGCCACCGAUGGAGCGGGAGAGUACUAAGCCAGAAGCGAAAAAGAGCCACAAGAAGGGUGCAGGGAAGAAGAAGGACGAUGGUCAUCUGAGUGAUGGUUCAGACGCAACAAUCCACUCGUCUCGUUCAAAGCCGGUGCUGGUUGCAACAUCAACCGCCGCAACCGCACCGGUUGCCUCUCCGUCCCAUACCAAACGUCGCGGUGGCCCAGGCAAUCGUGGUAAAGCCCGAAACAACGCAUCGAUCAAUGUUGAAUCGAAUCACGAAUCUAGCGAAAAAUUGGCAAAACCGCGCGUAGUUACCGGGAAGAUGAGCAUGCAGGAAAUGCGCAAGCGCGUUGCUGGUAUCAUUGAAUUCAUCCAUCGCACACAAGUUGAGAUGGCGCAGGAACGCGAGGAUAGGAAGAAGUUGCUUGAGAAAGCACGAGCACAGAAUGGUGGAAAGGUAGUGAUGGAGCUAACCGAAGCCGAGGCUGGAAAUGCUGAUGCCGUUGCUGCGAUUGAAACUGCGGGUGUGUUGGUGAAGGAGGAAGGAGGAGGUGCAGCCACGCAGGCUUUGGCGGAAGUUGAAGAGAAGAGGGAGAGCUUGUACAUGAUGGAUCAGCUGACAAGAGAUUUGUUAAUGUGGGAGCAGAGAUUUGGCAGGGUUGGGGAUAAGCUCUGA